CAUUCAUGACUCUACAGACGCUCUGAUUGGGAUAUCAAGCCCAGAGGAACUGUCUCGAUUGAUAUCGUUAUCCUUGUGACGGAACAUUUGGUACAACCUCAAUCAACGCCCCAGCCACCAUGCGGAGCCGAACUUCUAUCCUCGCGUACCCUUUCAACACCUUCACUCUAUGCAUCGAGUGGCGGACGCGCUCUCAGCCCUGAUUCAAGGCGUUUGAUGCCCUAAGCUUUCUAGUAGAACGCAAUCCCAGCCAUUGGUAGAUCAGCCCGGCGGAAAGCGGUAGCUACUGCCUCAACACAAACGACACUACACCGGUUUUUUUGCCAGCUGCCGUUCAUCUCAGCCUACCCAAAUAGUUACUUGCACUCACGGGAUUUUGCGAGAACAUAUUCGCUCAGGUGCAACGUCACAUUUCUGUGUUCAGCCCGAACGGCAUAAUGUCGUUGCCCGUAAGACAUUCGUCCGCCACUCGGCUCACCUCCCCACACGACCAUCAACCGACACCUGUUCCACCCGCAACAAAGUCAGAGCAAACCACUGCACCACCUCCAACAACACCAAACAAACGAGCCAAGAUGCAUCAUCCUGACCCUGACUCCCCACCCGUCUCUUCACCGCCCUCAUAUCUUUCUGAGCAGGUCUCACUCAUCCCCUCAAGUCUGCCGAGCCAAGUCCCAGGUUCUGCCAUCUCAACAAUAGAGAACGACUCGUGCAUCAUGGCAUCAAUCGAGUCUCCACCCCUACCUCAGCAGGCGCUGGCGCCUGCCUCUGUCUCUACUGCUGUACCGACAUCCAACAUGGGUGCUAAACGCGUGUCCAAACAGAGCCCAAAGAGAGCUCGCGAAGAAGUGGAUGACGACGACGAAGAAGACGCAUUUGGUACACCGCCCCCCAAACGCGCAGCCAGGAGUACAAGCUCAGCAACAAAAGGCACGACUACAACAGAGAAGGCGCCUGCUCCUAAGAAGCCUGCGCCCAAGAAGUCGGCCCCGAAGAAAGCAGCAGCGAAGAAACCCACGCCUGCAGCAACACCGAACUUACGCCCCUCACGGAACCGCAAAGCACCAGAGCGGUUUGAGGAGUAUGAGGAUAAGCCCACUCCCAAAGCCGCCCCGACAAAGAAGGGACUAAGCAAAGUUUUCGAUCCCGUCUACGUCACGACCAACUCCUCCAGCCGCCUAGUCAAAGCAGACAUCUACCACAUGCUCCUCGAAGGACCAGCCUGGACUAGCCUCAGCGCAGAGCAGCAGACUACACUCAUCUCCAUGCUCCCCGAUAAUACCAUGCACCAAGCUCUACUUGCCAAGAUCAGCACUGGCGCAACAGAAGACACAAGGCCUUCAGCCUUUACGCUGGCAAAUAACUGCUUCCGCACCGAUGUCGCCAAGUUCCAGGAAGAUCUCAAGAAUGGUCAUUUGGGGAAGACGUGGCAGGCGGCUGCUGAGCAGGCUGUAACUGAACGUGCGGCGGGAGAGUACGAUGAGUGGAAAGCGGCGGAGGCGGAGUCGUGGUGGGGUCAGAAAAGCAAGUGAGGGCCUCGAAGGCGAAUGAAGAGCGCAGCAUGCUGGUUCGGAGGUUGCUGCAUAUGGCGAUCGCGGUCUACUACCGCGAUUCAUGGCAAUGCUGAUAUACACAUACCGAGACUCCGUUUCGAUGAGCGCGCUUUGCGCGGUGUCAUCCGAAGCUUUGGGACGCGACAUAAACCGCAUCAUAGCUGGGAGAACUUGGUGGGCAACCCCGAGGUUCAGUUGCCACAUCUAGUACGUGUCUUCCCUCCUAGAUAUCAUUUCUGAAAAACGCAUAUGUAGAAGCCACCUAUUAUCUGUAUUCCAUAUUUCCGCCCGAGUCCAGCUAUAAAUUGCCCGUUUCCCCUUUGUUCCUUUGUUGCGCCCUUGGUCGCAGCAGUGAAAGACCAAAACCUCCUACAACGUGACUUUUCCGUUACAUCAGCGCACACUAUUGUAAUUUAGGGAG